AAAACACACACACACACACACACACACGCCCUCUCAAACGCACACAGCAGGCUGCAGCUUGUCAAGCUAAUACACAACCUUCCUCAAAACUGAUCACAUUCUUCGCCAACUCAGCACGACUCCAGAUCAGAGCACGAUGGCAGAUCAACAGUCAAUCCUGGAUGUGUCGACGGUGCCCUCCGGUGAUCUCCUAGCCGUCGCCCCCUGUGGCGAUCAGGGGGUACUGCAGGAGGGCGUCCUCGACCCGUCUCCCACGUGCUUUCAGGGCGAGGGGGUGGUGCAGCCGUUCCCCCGCUCCCCCAAACUGCUACACAAGCUCGCGGAAUCUGGGAAGCUUUCAGAGAAGCAACUUUCCAGGCGCCUGGAGGAACUGCAGGAGGAGAAGUCCAAAGCAAAGGGCCACAUUCAGUCUCUGAAGAAGCGCCGAGCCGAUCUCUCCUGGAAUACGGAGAUGAAGAGGGGGAAGGUCAUGGAAAGGUUUGAGGGCAUGAGGACCACCCUGAAGAGAGAGGAGCAAGCCGUGCUGGACUCCCUGGAGCUGGAUCGAAGGGAGACCAGCGCCAGACUAGACAAGGUUCUCAAGGGCUGGGACCAGCACCUGGCUCUGGUCCAGAAGAGCAUCAACACUACCCAAAAAGCACUGGGGCAGGGUGGAGGGAGGAAGGAGACUCAGGAUCAUCCGGAGAAGGUCAGCUGUCAUAAGAAGGCGGACGCCUCGGAGGCAGAGAUCAGGCUGAAUGAAGACAGGUUUGAGAAGCACAUGAGAGCCCUGCGCUCCAUCUCCAACGGCCUGAAAGCUCAGUUCCAGAGGAAGACACUGCUGCUUGAUUCCUGCCCUGUGGUGAUUGACAGGCAGACCAAACACAGCUUUGUCUCCGUGGCGAAAGACGGGCGGGACUUGUGUUUCUGGAGCUCCGCCCCGUCUGUUCCGGAGCACCCGCUCCAGUUCGACAAGGUGUGCUGCGCCCUGGGCUCUGCCGCCGUGGCCAAGGGGCGGGGCUACUGGGAGGUGGACGUCCGCUACUGCUCGGUCUGGGCUGUGGGCGUGGCCUACGGGUGCCUGGAAAGGAAGGGGAGGGACAAGGGCGCCAAACUGGGGCGCAACAGGAACUCGUGGUGCGUGGAGUUCCGAGACGGGCAUCUGUCGGCCUGGCACAACGACCACCACAUGGCGUGCCACGCGUCCGGGCGGGCCACGCCGCUGAGGAAGGUGGGCGUGUGGGUGAACUACGAGAAAGGGCAUCUGGCGUUCUACGAUGCGGACACCAUGAAGGCUCUGCAGGAGUUUUCGGCAGCGCUGAACGCCGUGUUCGACCGGGCGCACCACCAGUUCACGGAGCCCCUCUACCCCGCCGUCCGCUUCCUCAGACCGCCCGAGGGCCAGGUCGGCACCAACCACAUGCAGCUCAGGGACCUCAGCGCCCUGUGAGAUCCACGGCCUUCCAAGAAACCCCUCAGAACCAAAUCCGACUGUAUGAAAUAAACGGAUGAUCGCGCCCCCGUCAUGUGAUCCCUUGGACGGCGUUUGACAUGCUUUCUAGGCUGCUGUUUGUUUCAUAAAGACAGUGAGAGGUUGUGCACGAAACAAAAAACUCACCUGAAAUCGAUGUCCAGUAGUAGACUCUUCAUAGGCUUACUCUUCCCUUCUAGAUUUCUCUGUUUUAUAAGUUCAUGGAGUCUGGAACACAACAUUACACCGUAAACUGUAAUGUUAACGUUAAACAUCAGUGACAGUACAUUUUUGAAUUUAUUCGUAACGUGUACCAUGUUUUGCUGCCACCAUUUGCAUAUUAUGUAAACAAUAAAGAACUUCAAAAUAA